AUGUUUGUCUCAAAUGAAGUCGUCAGGUCUGCCCGCUCUCGCCAUGCACGGCGCAUCGUUUUCAUUCAAUCUCAACACCACACUUCCACCUUACCUCGUCGGGCUUCUCUAUCCGAAAUCCCGAGUGGGGAAUUGCGCGGUGAACCCGGACUUUCCCCAGGCAUCAAUGCUGAUGUUUCUGUCAAGCUCUGCCCCGGCGGAUCAUGCCAUUUGGAAAAUGAACUAAACGCAUCGAUUGAGCAAUUCUUGACUCCACAGAAUGAGAACGUCCCAUCGGCUGACUCCGAGCCCAAUUUCCUGUUUCACGAUCGCGCUACUAAGAAGGCUCAAAAGCCCAUGAAGAAGAAAGCCGUCAAGCCCCUUCAUCACAUUGUGAAAACUAUCAAACCUGUCAUUCACAAGCCUUUUAAACUCAUCAAGCCAAUCAUCAAGAAACCUGCUACACCGCUCACACUGGCGAAACCGCCGCCGAUUAAAGCUAUCCCCCUCAAACCAGUGCAGCCCCUGAAUCCUGUUAAGGUAGUGCCAAGCAAACCACAUGUUCCCGUUCUUAAAGCUCCAAUUGCUAUCAAGCCCCCUGCAGCAAUUUCUGCCAAGCCCGCACCAAUUCUUGCUAAUCCAGCGAAGCCCGCUGUUCAAGCUCCGGUACCGGCGACCGUGGUUCCCAUCAAACCAUUGGCGCAAGCCCCCAUCAAGCCUUCUCCCCCAGCCUCUCAGACUCCGCCAGUAGCUGUGCCUCCAGCACAUCCGCCAGCCAAAACAAUUGUGCCCGUUCAUGCCGUUGUACCUGCUGUCAAUCAUCCAGCCCCACUGCUUAAUUCAAUUCACCCCCUUCCCGUUGCAUCAUCUCACAACCAUACGGCUGCUUUACCAAUCGUGUCAGCGCAUGCUGUCAUCCCAAGUCACGGAUCCGAUAAUACCUUAAGCGUACCACAAACCUCGCGGGGGCCUCCAAUUGUCCAUGCUGCAGCCUUAUCGUCCAAUCUGAAAGAGAUCAAAUCUUCACCACCUGAAGCCUCUGGAAUACCUCCUACCCAAGCGCCGCAAGCUCAAACUACCGAUUUACCUCCCGUUGAAGGUGAAGUAUCUCAAACACCAUAUUCGCCUGAGCCCGAGGACUCGAUAUCCAUAGAAGACUCAAGCACCCCACCAGCUUACUCAAUCCCGUCGAAAGAUUCGACAACCCCAUCGGAUGUCACUUCGCAGGAUUCAGCAACCCCAAUCACCGACUCUAUCACCUCUGCAUCGCAGGCAACUCCCCCUUCACAAGAAACUGUGCAGACAGCCAAUGACCCCCUACCCUCCACCGGCGAUAACACUAGCACAGGAAUUCAGCCAUUGUCUGCAAUUAACAUUCAGACUGUGAACAGCAACAUUCCUCAACAACCCUCCCCAUCAAUGAACGUCACUCUGGACUUAGUCCCCAAUGCGACUGCAUUGAACAACAAUACCCUCAAUAACGCCACAGCGCUGACUAACGCUACCUCACUAGCCAAUAACUUACAUGGCCUCAAACUAGGGAACACGCCUGCCAACGUCUUUGCCGCAGGCCCAACAAACCACACAGGUGCAGCCGUUGGCGGUGUUUUUGGAUCUCUGGCGUUGAUUGCUUUGGCGCUUGGUGCAUUUCUUUUUGCUUCUCGUCGCCGCGCAGCCAAGAAAGUCGACCAAGGCUUUGGGACUUUUACGGAAGCGCCUUCCACAGAAUCACCGCCUGAAAUGAUUCAAGUGAAUUCCCAGGCUGGCUUUGAUGUUUCCUCCGAUUCCCCGGAAUCGGCAAUGUCUCCAGUCGACCCGGUCACGCGUUUUUCACUAGGGGGAGUCACCCUCCUCAAACGUCUCGAGGGUUUAACCGCCACUUUCAAUUCCUCCGAUGACCUAGCUUCCCCCAACGAAUCUUCAAGCGAUGAUGAGCCCCACGAGAUGGUUGUCACACCCUCCAGCGACGGCUUUGGUCCACGUCCUUUAUCUACCACCGAACAAAAACAUGUCUCGGACCACAACCCGUUAAGCUUGACGCCGUCAACAAUGCUAGACACGUCAGCACCAGAGGGCGAAGAUUCGCGACGUUCACUUUUGCGAUCUGACAGUGCAGGAACUGUGGACAACUUCAAUCGCGAAAGCGGGGGUACAGCCACCAGCUAUGACGGAGCAGUCAGUAAUGGAUAUCAAGAGACUGUCAAGUUCGAAGACGGUUCUGAGCAGGGGCAUGAGGAGUCUGCCAAAGAUGACAUGGAACAGGCAUGGUGGGGCAGUGAACAGCCUCGAGCUAAUUGA